AUGGAACAUGAGCCAUGCGUCAGCUUUGUAACGCUUAGUGGUAUGGACUCACCAAAGCCACUCAUCUGCGAAUCUUUUCGUCAGGCACGUGUUGCUGCAUUGCAUUUCCUGCGCAAACGGCAUCCGGGGAAUAAAGUUCUCUUUGAAGCCUUAUCGCAGUCAUCAUCUCCAGGCAUUUCGUACUCCAGUGUCUCGUUUGAACACAAUAAUAAUAAUAAUAAUAAUAAUAAUAAUAUUAUUAAUAAUACUGAUAACAACAGUAGCACUGACAGCAGUCUUAAUGCAGAUGAUGAAACUGCCCGUUUGCGACUCUUUCCAUAUACACCGUCAGUAGCAGAACCGCCACGUCACUCAAAUAGAGGUCUGUUGAAUGAAACAGAAUCACUUCAGUUAAAACAUUCAGCAGAAUAUGAGUUUCUUGUUCCUGCCAUUGGUUCUGCACUUACUAGCACGGUUACAGCUCAUGAAGUCUGGCGAAAGCAGCAGGAGGAAUUGCGUCAACGGCGGUAUAGUGCAGGAGAUGAAUUGCCAAGUGUUGUUCUUCUAACUACACCCCGAAAUGUAGCGAACACCAGCGUUGAUAAUGAAUUCCCUUCAAAUAAUGAAAAAACCUUGCGUGAAUUGUUUAGUGUAUUUGAAACAACAGAUGUACCGCCUAUUUCAUUGCAGGAAUAUGUGCGUCGAAUGACAGAAUAUGCAUAUGUUUCACCAUCGAUAUUAUUGAUCGCCUGUCUUUAUAUUGAUCGACUCCUCACCCGGCAUCCAUCCUUCCUCCUUAGCCCAACAAAUGUUUUUAAAUUUUUUGCCACUUCGGUUCGUGUUAGUAGUAAAGUGAUGGACACAAGAACUCUUAACAACAAGGAUUUUGCCCGUAUCAGUGGUUUUAGUAACACGGAGAUGAAUAUCCUUGAGGUUCUCUUUAUUCAAGCCCUCGAAUUGGAUCUCUUUGUAGGAGCAGAAGACUUUUAUAAAUACGCGGAAGACCUUAUUGCCCCCACUACUAUUUCUCGUCAUAGUGAUUCUCAUGAUGUGGAGAUUGUUCAUGUGGUGAGAUCUCCCUCCGUGAUGUCUGAAUCCGCCACACCACCGCAUAAACGAUUCCUAGCCCCCAUUCACCGUACCAGCAGUCAUAGCAACAGCAGCAACAGCCGGCGGAACAGAACACUUCCAGACACCCUGCCGCCUGUGAACAGCUCACGCAUCCUCUCCACCCCCGUGGAUAGUAAAUCCCCCAGUCCAUCUAAGAGCACAACGAGUACGACGACUUUGGCUCCUGUUGUGAUUGGCGUUGGUUGUCACUCGGGCAGAGGGAACGGCUGCAGCACCACCACUCUCUCCUGGUCGCGGUCCACAACUGUGGGACUUCCCGUUCCCGCCCCACCGCGUAGGGCCUCAUGUCUCCCAGUGGCCUCCGCAAAGAAUAGCACCACCAUGCUGUGUAGUAUAGGCGAUACCAGCACUUCCGCAAGAGGCUGGGAUCGAUUGUCAAGAGAGAGAGUGGAAGAAAGAUUCGUCAGAUGA